AUGGUGCGGAUGCUCUGCGAGGAGUUCGGGGCGGACGUCGGGGCCCCGAGCGGGGGGGCCGCCCAGACCCCUCUCCAUCUCUGCGCGCGGAAUGGGGAGGAGGAGCUGCUGCGGUACCUCGUCGAGGCCCGCGGGGCCGUGAUCCGGGCGAAUGCCCUCGGCGAGACCCCGCUUGACAUCGCUGAGCGCGCGACGACGGCGACCGGUCAGCGAUGCGCGGCCUUCCUCCGCGAGCAUCUCGCCCUCGCGGCGCCUUCCACCUCCCCGUCGUAUUCAUUUAAUUCUUCGCCGGCUCCAUCGCUUGGGGUUUGUGGGGAGAAUUUAUUUUUGCCGGGAAGCACCAGCGUGUCAACGUCGAAUGUGCUCAGGCAAACGCGGGUUCACCACCAGCUGAACCUGUGGUCUCCUUUCACGAUUGAGGCUUCCUCCCCCCCGUUAGUGGGACCCCACAGUUUAACUUCCAUAACAGGCGACGGGAGCGCCCACGACACGAGUCAUUCGCACGUCUCACACCCCCCUCUUUCUUCUUCUUCAUAUUUGUAUCUGGAGGGGGGGACACUGACGUCCAUCAAAAGGCCCUACUUCCAUCGUGAUUUAACGGGUCUGGAAAGGCUUCCGGACGACGAUUUACAAGGGUUUCGUGAAGCUUACAGAAGUGGAUUCACCUUUACUCAAUGCCGCCAUCACUACGAGAUCCGCGGCCUCCUUCCCUAUAACUUUGAAAAUGUCAUUUACUACACGCCUGUGAUUCUUUUUGUCGAUCACACCGCGAUGCCCCUUCCUUCUUCUUCUUCUUCACAGCAGUUGAAGCGCUAUCGCGCGUUAAUUGAUUUGCAGAAUCUUAGCGCCUACGCGAUCUCGAGAAAGGCGCUUUAUAUCGACCCUCUUAGCGGCGCGAUUAUCCCAAGCGCACAAGAUCUUUUGGUUUGUCGCAAUCUAACCGAUUUUGUUCGAGUGGCGUUGAUUCAAAACUUCGAGCGGGUUCCACCGAUGGUGGUGGCUUCGAGCCCGUAUGCAUUUCCCUUUUCCUCCGCGGUAGGUUUAAUCGGCUCCGCUGCGGAUCGCUUUCGCUAUCAUUGCUCACAAUCCUCACCGGUGUAUUUCCGCGAUGUCCUGGAGAAGCGAACGCCGGAAUGGCAUCUCGCCUACCGCAUCCUGCAGGAUUUCUCGCGAUUUGGCGAUUCCCUGUUUAAGUAUGAUAUCGGGCAGCAUGUCGCGACGGGUUAUAUUCCCAUUUUGCGAGAAAUAAAAAAAAGCGGAGAGGCCUCCUCCUCCCUUGCUCGUGUGCGGGAUCACUUCUAUAAUGCAAGCUCUUAUCUCGAGAUGGCCCCCGCCUCCUCCUCUGCGGGGAUGAACCCGUGUGGGAACUCCUCCAGUGGAUCCACCACGACUUGGAAUGCCGCGUCUUCGGACGUUAUAGAGGCGGAGUUGAUGUUAAUGAUCCCUGUUAAACUUGUCUUUUUAGACCCGCACAAGGAAAGGCCCUUAUCGCUGCACGGCUCGACGGCGGAACGCCCGCCUUCGUGCCUUUCCCCCGGGGCCAAUCCCACGCAGCCGCGGGUUUACCUCCUCGACGUCGCCGAGGGCCCUCGGUCGGCCCAUCCCGACCCUUUUUCCGCCCCCGCGGAGUUCUCUUCCUCCUCAACGUCGGCGUUAAAUUACGCCUGUUUUAAGACGUUUAUUCAGGAUAAACGAACAGGGUUAGUUCGGCCGGAGAUUAUUGCGUCGGCUUGCGCUUCGUUUCCCGACGGGGCUUUUUCCCUUUACGAGAUGUUGGUUUUUCUCCAGGGCCUUUUCACCAAGGCCCUAGAAGAGUUCUUGGGCAAGGCUUCUCUCAACUCCCCGCCGGCCUCGCCCACGGCGUCGAGGAAAUCGUGGUGGGAUGAGCUUUUCGAGGUCGGCGAUCCCUCUUCGCCGCCGCGUGCGCGGGACGGAGGAGAGGGUGGGCCCGAGAAUUGUCUUUUAUGCCGGAAAAACGCGGCGACGGUGGUGUUAUUGCCCUGUUGGCAUCGUCCACUUUGCGGGGCCUGCGCGGCGGCGUAUAAACUCCACUGCCGGGGAGGCGUCCGGGCCCCGAAAUAUGCCGAGAAUACCCCGACGACGACCCCACAGGGGCCUCUUGUUGAGGCUCCUCUCCAGCUGGAUUAUUUCUCAUGCCCCGUUUGCCGUAAGAGAGCCCUGGGAACGGAGGAGAUCGCCGCGUAA